CUCGAAUUUCAAUGUUUUUCAUUUCUUUUUUUUAAUGGCAAAGUCAACUGGAACAAGUAUGGACGGAGGGGAUUUUAUUAGUUUUGCAGUACAAAACCAAUUGAAUGAGUUAAAGAAGUCAAUUCAUGUGAUCAUAUUUCACUAAGCACCAGUGAGGAGUUUGAGGAAGUUUCCUGCAGUCUCUUGAAUGGUGCAAGUGGUUCUCUGGGAUUCUGUGGAUGUUGGUUUGUGGUUGGAAGAGAUAAAUCUGGGUAGCUACCGCCAGAUUUUCAAGGAAAAUGGUGUCAAUGGAGAAUAUCUGGAGGGUAUGUCCAUGUUCACAACUGAACAGAUUCUACGGUUUAUAAGGCGAUGUCACAUGAAAUGGGGAGACUUCAUUACACUGUGUAAGGAGCUCAGACGAAUAAAAGUGGCUUGCCUAAAAGGAGAGCAAAAAGUGCGCAGGCCAUGGUGGGCUCCGUCCUGCCUCUCUAUAGUCUUUGUUAAGGUGGCAAAACGCAACAGACAGUCGAGAGUUGUUUCCUUGAAGCUGGAACCCUGAAGCAAGACCGUAUGUGUAUGUAUUUGUAGUUUUAUUUUUGUUUAGGGAGCACAACAGUAGAGAACUCAACUUGUCUUCAAUAUGGCAAGGUGCUGGUAAAAGUUCUUCAACGGAGAACUUUCUUUCGUAUACGGGUUUUUUCUUUUUAUAUAUAUUUUGUUUCUGAUGAUUUGCAGUUGUAAUCCUGUUUCAAUCCUGGGAGCGGAAUAUAAUGAAUGUGAUAUCAAGGAAAUCACUGUAAUAUGGAUCAGUUGUGAAGAAAUUCGAUCUUGGACAUUCUCUACAGAAAUUUUAUAGCAA